AUGGAGGUUGAUCACCGCAUCAGGGUGAGCGGCGGCGACGGCGAGACGAUGACCGGACAAGCCGGCGUUGUCGGUGUGUUCUUCGCGGGCUGCUGGCUGCGGCUCCGCUCGGUGCUCGUCGGGCUCUGCUGCUGGGUCGCGGGGUUCGCCAGGAAGGUGGGCAGGAUCGCCAGGGAGGAUCCAAGGCGGGUGGCGCACUCGUUCAAGGUCGGCCUGGCGCUCACUCUGGUGUCCGUCUUGUACUACGUGACGCCGCUGUUCAAGGGCUUCGGGGUCUCCACGCUCUGGGCCGUGCUCACCGUCGUCGUUGUCAUGGAGUACACCGUCGGUGGCACGCUGAGCAAAGGCUUGAAUAGAGCCUUCGCGACGUUUGUGGCUGGAUUCAUCGCCGUGGGAGCUCAUCAGGUAGCUAACCGCUGUGGUGCGCAGGGGGAGCCAAUACUGCUCGCCAUCUUCGUCUUCUUGCUAGCGUCGGCAGCAACAUUCUCGCGCUUCAUCCCGGAGAUCAAGGCGAGGUAUGACUACGGCGUGACCAUCUUCAUACUGACCUUCAGCCUGGUGGCCGUGUCGAGCUACCGCGUGGAGGAACUUAUUCAGCUGGCACACCAGCGCUUCUCCACCAUCGUCAUCGGCGUCCUUACCUGCCUCUGCACCACCAUCUUCGUCUUCCCUGUCUGGGCCGGCGAGGAUCUUCACAAGCUCACCGCAGGCAACCUCGAUAAGCUGGCACAGUUUCUUCAAGGAUUGGAAUCUGAAUGCUUUGGAGAAAAGGCUGCCAGCGAGAAUUUGGAGGGCAAAGCCUUUCUACAAGUGUACAAGAGCGUCCUCAACUCCAAGGCCAGUGAGGACUCCCUGUGCAAUUUUGCCAAGUGGGAGCCCGGUCAUGGCAAAUUCGGCUUCCGGCACCCAUGGAGCCAAUACCAGAAGCUCGGAGCUCUUUGUCGUCAGUGCGCGUCUUCAAUGGAGGCUCUUGCUUCCUAUGUCAUCACACUGCAAAAGUCCCAGUACCCUGAGGCCAAUCCAGAGCUAACCUUGAAGGUCCGAACGGCGUGCGGGGAAAUGAGCUCGCACUCUGCUAAGGCGCUCAAGGAGCUAUCAACGGCCAUUCGGACAAUGAUCGUACCAUGUCCAGCCAACAUCGCCAUGUCCGCAGCCAUCAAAGCUGCAAAAGACCUCAGAAAUGAAUUGUCAGAGGAAGCAGCCCUGUUGCAAGUGAUGCAUGUGGCUGUUACUGCCACACUUCUCUCAGACUUGGUUACGACAAUAGUGAAAAUUGCAGAAACCGCUGACAAUCUAGCACGGCUUGGCCACUUCAAGAAGCCUGAAAAAACUCAGAAAGAUGUCGCUAUCAACAUUCCGAGCAGAUAA